AUGAGAAAAUUCAUUAAGUCAAACGACAGUAUACUAACAUCGGUAGUUGGUAAAACAUCAUUGAUAACCAGAUUCAUGUAUGACACGUUUGACGAUCAAUAUGCAGCCACAAUAGGUAUAGACUUUUUGCUGAAGACUAUGUAUUUGGAAGACAAUAAGACGAUUAGAUUGCAGUUAUGGGACACUGCAGGGCAAGAGAGGUUCAGAUCGUUGAUACCAUCAUAUAUUAGAGACUCGCAUGUGGCAGUGAUAUGUUAUGACAUAACAAAUAAGAAAUCAUUUGAGAACUUGAAUAAGUGGAUCCAGGACGUGAAAUUGGAACGGGGGGACGACGUGAUAAUAGUCGUUGUGGGCAACAAGUCGGACCUUAACAACAAGAGACAGGUGACCAUGGAGGAAUGUGAGGCGUACCUCAAGUCGAUAAACGGGAAAUUUUGCAUCGAGACGUCUACCAAGGCCAACCACAAUGUCAAACAAUUGUUUAAAAAAAUUGCAUCGAGCUUACCAGACAUCGAAACGUCGGCCAAAGACGAAUCUACCCAGCCCGAAACUGUGGAUAUCAACAUUGAACAGCCCAAAGUCGAGAGCAGCUCCUGCUGCUGA